UUCCCUCCCCAGGUGUGCUCCAUCGCUCGCCCAUCUCUAUCCUCCAACGCCGCCUCACGCGGUCAGAUUUCCAGCAACCCUCUCGUUGCUGCCGCUCUUUGUCCGGCUUGCAGCGAUUUUACUGAAAUUAGGUCUGCGGUAAUCGCAGACUACGAAGAAUCCGCGGAAAGUCGAGGAAAUAGUUGUAGUCUCCGCGUGCUGCUACCCUACCAGGCUAAGAAAGAACUAGGGUUUUGAAAAGGACCUGAGCAGUUAAAUCGCAUAGUCGUCUGGUCCUUUCCAUCGCUUGAGACAUGGCGGCCGUAGAGCAGACCGAGACAGAGACGAACGCAGCAGCGGCGGAGCAGGCGGAGACGACAGCAGCAGCGGCGCCGGAGAGCGAAGCCCUGGUGAAGCACCCGCUGGAGCACCGGUGGACGCUGUGGUUCGACAACCCGCAGCACCGCGGGAAAGGCGGCAGCUCGUGGGGAAGCUCGCUCCGCGUGAUCUUCACCUUCGGGACCGUCGAGGACUUCUGGUGUCUAUACAACAACAUAGUGCAGCCGAGCAAGCUGAUGAACAAGGCGGACAUGCACCUGUUCAAGGACGGCAUCCAGCCCAAGUGGGAGGACCCCAAGUGCGAGAAGGGCGGCUCCUGGACCAUCCCGUGCUCGCGGAGCAAGGAGUACCUUGACAACACGUGGCUGCACAUGAUGCUGGCGAUGAUCGGGGAGCAGAUCGAGGAGGGCAACGACAUCUGUGGCGCCGUGGUGAGCAUCCGAACGGGCAAGGACAGAGUGGCGCUCUGGACCAAAUCCGCUGGCAGCGAAACCAUUCAGACAAGCAUCGGCAAGCAACUGAAGGAGAUCCUGGGCGUUACAGAGCAAAUUGGAUUUGCCUCUUUUGCGGACCAGAAAGGGUCAAGGUCAGCCAUGGAUAAGUACACUGUCUAGCUUUGCACUCUACUUUUCUCUCCUUGUCACAAUAUAGGUAGUGGUGUCUGCUUUGUUCAAAAUGCUCAGAUCUGUGUGCGGCAUGGCCUGCAGCCGUACCAGUAUCAGCUGCUGUAGCCACUCUGAAAUAAUGGCACAUGCAAUGGAGUAUCAGUUAGCAAUUCCUGCUAUGACUCAGGGAUUGGUGUUGCCCUCUUUACUGGCAGGUGCCCCAGCUUCUUGGAUUUAGUAAUUUGUAUGUUAUAGCCUAGUCACCAACUCCCAACCUCCUAAUUGCAUACACCCCAACAC